CCUUUCAAAUGUGAAUUAUGCAAGGAAAAUUUUGAACAAAAGAACCAGCUUCUGGUGCAUUACAAUUCGGUGGCGCAUCUUCACAGGGCUAAGAAAAUGUUGGAAGAGCAAUCGAAUAAUUUCCAGCCCAGUGCCCAGAUUUUGGCAGCACUACAGGCUUCAACAACCUCACAAUCACAGCAGUGCGGUUCAAAACCGUUCAAAUGUAAUCUAUGCAAACUGGGUUAUGGACAAGGGUCUACACUAGAUAUACACAUCAGAUUCGAUGUUUUGUCGGUUUUGCAGGUCGGUCGCGCAUCAGUCACGCUUGACUAA